AGAGCCCUGACCUCAACCCCAUCGAACACCUUUGGGAUGAAUUGGAAAGUCAUCGGCGAGCCAGGCCUGAUAUGCCAAACAUCAGACGAUCGACCUCACUAAUGCUCUUGUGGCUGAAUGGAAGCAAGUCCCCACAGCAAUGUUCCAACAUCUAGUGGAAAGCCUUCCCAGAGGAGCUGAGGCUGUCAUAGCAGUAAAGGUUGUAGUGUUCCAGACCCCCGGGGGACACUGCACGGGCUCGGAGACACAGCGCCAGCGGAGAUCAGCCUCUCGAGACAACAACAGCUUUACUCUACCCUGAAUCCUACAGCACCAUGUUUUACCAAACACUCCUUCAAUAGGGACUGGAGAGACAGAUCACCCAGACUAACAGUUGAAAUAUCACCCAGACUGGAUAAACAACCUAUUCCCCUUAACAUAGACAUUGUAAUCUCCCCGAAACAACCUAAAUAAACCAACUGAACUCUGCUGCCUGAGUCUCAGCUCUAACGGAAGCCAUCUGGAUGAGAUUAUCGGCCGGCGGAGCUCGGCGAUCCUGACUGCUCUUAGCAGUGACCUUUCUAGAGUGAAAUGGUGUUUCUCACUUCGUCUGAACCAAACAGCAGGACGCUUUGAAACAUUUCCACCACUGUCACCCCCCUUCUCGUUGUUGUUGAGUAAUGGUCUUCCAAGAUAAAGAGCUGCUUGCUUUCUCAACACGAAAAAUUAUCUGUCUAGUAGAGAUUGCAAUGCAGUCAACAGGCAUGUUUUGGUGGCUGGACUAAGAAAUAAAAACAAAAGAAAGAUUUGAAAGAAAAAGGGGUGAGGAAGAGACGAGAAGCGUCGGGGUUUUUGGAGAAAGAAAAAGAUUGAGAGGGAGGGAAGACAGACACAAACAGAAAUAGGAAUGUUUUAUCAGUCUUUCUUCUUUAGCUGGAGAUUUGCAGUAGAGCACAUCGUUAUUGUGAAAGCGUCUUGGCUGUGGUCCAUGGGAACUGAUCCAGAGUGCUCUGUGUCUGUGGAACUCCCAGCCUGCUUUAGUCUCCCGGGAGGUCCCUGAUACUGUUUCUGGUAAGUCCUGAGUAAUACUGUGUAGUAACAGUGUGUCAGAACCAGAGGAACAGCACACUUCUCCCGUCCGUCAGCCUCCCUCCCUGCAAGCUACAAGACUAAAGGAAACAUUAAGGAGGAUUACUACAGAAAGAGAAAUGUCCAGCGGUAGAAGAAGCAAUAUGGACAGCUAAGAUUCUCCUUAUCCCCACUGGUGAUUCCCCUUUUUCUCCAAACACUCCCCAAACGCUCCCCAAACGGUGAUCCUCAAACUGACAUACAGACCAAGCCAGGCAGGGCUGCAGACAGUCUGGGUAGAAGAAGAGACAGAAAGUGUGGAGCAAACCAGAGGAGAACAAGAGAGACUCCAGAACUCCCCAGCAGAGCAGCAAAGCUCCCCCAGAUCGAGGCACCUUCCUGGGGGUAGAGAUGGAGACGGAGAGGGGUCAUAUGUCUUUGAGGAGGGGGGUAAGCUGGAGCCCAGGUGGGGGGAGGAAGUCCCUUCAGGGGGGGCAGGGCAGGGAUGUGGACACCGGCAACAGAGAGAGCAAUGCAUCUUGGGAGAAGCGGGACAACAGAGGAAUCAAAGGACAGGUGACAUCGACCUCCACCAAUCAGCUGGCUCGGAAAACCAACCUGACACGUAGCGCCAGCCUAUCAGAGAAGGAGUUGAAGGAGGCGAGGGUGAGGUCACAGAUCAUCGCUGCCCAGUUGACCGUCCCGUCUGGCUGCUCCAACUCCCGCGGAGUCCAGCUCUUCAACCGCCGCCAGCAGAGAGUCAACGCCUUCACGCUAGAGAGCUGCGGGGAAAGAACAAGGGAAGAGGAGCGAGAGGAGAGAGACGGAGAUACCAGGAACAACAACCUGACAUGGGAAGAAGAGCGAGGGGGACCUAGUGAGGGGACAGACAGACAACUGAACUGCAGCAGGAUAAAACAACCACUCUGGUCGCCACCCUCUGGAAGUGAGUUCGCCGGAAGUGACGUCAUGAAGGACCCAGGUGACGAGCACAUCUACGAGGAAGUGGAAACAGUGACACAGGAGAGACACUUCCAGCCGGUGAACGAGAGACAAGGGGAGGAGGAAGAGAGGAGUGGAGAGAGAGAAAGAGAGGAAAUAUACGAGGAUAUUGAGGGUGAAGUGAAGGAUGAGAUUAUGUCAGUAAAUGAAAACAACACUGGUCCAGUCAGAGAGGAAGUGGGGAUGAAUAGGGGGUCAUACACAUACCCCACAGCUCCCCCUGAGACCCGUAAUGGCUUCCACAGCACCCAGGGCUCUGCUGGAGAGAUACAGAAUGGAGGCCGAGUUUCUAUGUCCCUAUCCAGACAGGCCCCCACCAUCGUCAACCGGACAGCCAGACCCUUCUUCUCCCCGCCCACCGUACAACCCAAGUCCCCAGAGGCCAGGAGUCCCGUCAUGGAUAACAACAUACCUCCAGCUCCCUCUUAUCCUACCCCAACUCUUCCCCCAGCUUCCUCAGACUCCACUCCCCUCUCCUCCUUUCACUGCCACUCGCCCCAUAGCCUUCUCCCCUCCUCCCCUCCUCCCUCUUACCCCAUGCCUCCUCUCCCAGCCUUCCCCAUCCAUCCUCCUCCCUCCCAGUCUCUCUCCAGUCCUCCAGCCAUGUCUACCGUCAUGUUCCCUAGAUCUACACCCGUCCCCCAGUACAACCCUCCUCCUACAGCUGCCCCAGUGUCCCAGUAUCUACCCCACAACCCUCCUGUCACCCACAACAUCCCUCCUCCAAGUUCCCCUAGACCCAACACCUUUGUCCCCUUCACCCCUCAGCCUAUAGGCCAACAGAACCAGCAGCAGCCAAUCAAAACGGGAAUCCUGGAGGAAGGGGCGGCGGCCAUCAGACGAUCGUCGACAGCCAGGAAGUCCAUGUUCACCUUUAAGGAGAAGCCUGUCAUGGCACCCAACCCUGAACUCCUCUCUCUGGUCCAGGGGAAUGAUGAUAGGAAGAAGCAUGGCCUCCGCUCCGUUCCCGACUCAGCCCCAGAGGAGGAGCUGCUGGCUCUGGGGGCCGAGGCCUCUAACUUCCUAGCCAGGGAGGAGGUGAAGGCGGAGGCUGCCAAUGUGCCGGAGUGGUCCUCCUGUCUCAAGAGCUCCAGGACCAGGGAGCCCAGGGGGCAGCACCAGCCAGAGCAGAUCCUGACCAACGCAUCGGGGAAGGGGGCCGAGCUGUUCGCUAAGCGUCAGUCCAGGAUGGAGAAGUACGUAGUGGAGAACCAGAAUGUCUCCGGUGGUGGAGGUGGUCAGAUGAGGUCUCCGUCUCCCACAGCAUCUCUGCCGCCAUCUUGGGUCUAUCCAUCUAAUAUGCCUGGCCGGGUCAAAGCUAUUGCUAACAACACUGACCUCAGUGCCAGGCUGACCCGGACCCUCCAGACCCCUCAGCCCUCGAACAGGAGGCCCAGCCAGCAGGCUCAAACUCCGGCCCCAGUCCCCGAGGAACCACCCUUGGAGAACGGCUGCACCAAGAUAGAGAUGGAUCUCUCCAGGCACAAGCCCUACCAGCUCAACUCCUCCCUGUUCAUCUUCAACCCAGUCCAGGACUCCACCAGUACCCUGCUGAGCGCUCUGCCCCGGGGGGCCCCGCCACCACCUAAACCCCUGGUCUCAUCUGAGGCCUACACCAGGCAGGCCUCCCUGCCCUCCUCCAACCCUCCAUCACACAACUACAACAGCCUGCCUCGCUUCAGGCCUACCAUGUCUCCUUCACUUCAGCCCCCAUCAGGAGGAAUUAGAGGUGGGGAUAACUAUCCUCCACAACACGGGGGAACUCCACAGCUGAGGGACACCAGGAUCACCUCUCCUGUCUCUGCCUUCUCUCCGGAGAGAGUGGCCUCUCCUCGGUCGAGCGUCCAGGCACCCAGACCCACCUUCUCUGCCAAGAGGGCAGGGAUCGAACCCCAGACGAGGAAGGAGUCGCCUCCAACCCCGACCCACACCACCCCCACUCCCACCAGGACACCCCAGUUCACCCGUCGGUUCAGCAGCCCAGAGGGACCCCCCACUCCCAGUGGGGUCCGGUCCCCUACCCCCCAGACCAGCAUCACCUCCUCCUCCUCUUCCAGGCCCCACCACCAGGGCACCACCACACCCACCUCCCCUGUCUCCCCACCCUGGGAGACAAGGUGCCAGUCCCCCGCGGUCGUCAACCAGACCACCAAACCCUUCUCGACAGCCUCUUUAUCCAGGCCUAAACCAUCCACUACCACCUCACCUAUAUCGCCUGUAUCUCCCUGGGGGUCCCGCUGUCAAUCCCCAACAUAAACCAGACAACCA